CCUGCUUUGUCAUAUUCCCUUCAAGGAUCUGUGGUCCUUUACUAAGUUUCACCCAUUGAAGUGUUUUUGCUUUAUGUUUCUGGAUUAUUUCAGAGACCUGGUGCCUGUCCAACUGUGGGCACAAUUUGUACCAAGUUUGCAUUGCCCAGUGCUGGGAGAAAUCAGCUACAGCCUGCUCCUGCCCUUGGUGUAGAGAAAUUGCCCAGCGGAGAAACAUCAGGCCAAGCAGAGAGGUGGUGAGAGUGAUAGAAAUGCCCAGAUGGCUGAGAUCCCCGGCAGAAAUGGGAGCGCCAGGAGGAGAGAGAGUGUGAGAGACACCAGGAGCCCCUGAAACUCUUCUGUGCCUAGGAUCAAAGUCCUGUCUGUGUGUGCAAGGGAUCUCAGAGAGCAUCACGUCGUUUUAUUUCCUGGAAAUCACCAAAGUUGCAGUCAAGACAGAAGGGCAGAGAGAGAGAGAAGCUUAUGACUCCAGAUAAAACUGGAAAUAUGACUUUAUCGAUGCACUUUCUGGAUUGCUUUCAAUUCUAAGAAAAGAAACAGCACAUCUUGGCAUCUGGAACUGCUAAGUAAAAACAGCUGAUACGUUACGGAAAGAGUCUUUGCGUUGCUGGCUCUAAGGCAUAGAAAGAUCAGAUAAGAAGAACCCCAGAGAUCUCAGCAGUUAUGGCCUCACUGAUUCCUGACUGGGAGAUCCAAGAUGAAACCAAGUGUCCCAUCUGCCUGGAGUACUUCACAGACCCAGUGAGUGUUGAGUGUGGACACAACUUCUGCCGGAGCUGCAUCUCUCAGUGCUGUGAGCAGCUUCACCGCAUGGAGUGUCCCAUCUGCAGAGGCCAGAUCCAGAAAAAACACUUCCGGCCCAACUGGGACCUGGCAAAUAUAGUAGGGAAAGUUAGACAGUGGGACUCCAGCCGGAGCAGUGUCGAAGAAGCAGAGGUGAACCUAUGUGUGAAACACAAGAAAAGCCUGGAUCUGUUCUGUGAGGAGGACAGGGAAGCCGUGUGCGUGGUGUGUGAGAGAUCUCCGGAGCACAGCUCUCACACCGUGCUGCUGCUGGAAGAGGCUGCCCAGAAAUGCAAGGAACAAAUUCAGACCCACCUGCAGACUCUGAAGGGAGAGCGAGAGAAGCUCAAAGAAUUUCAAGUGCGUGGAGAAAGGGAAAGCCAGGAGUGGAUGGAAGGGACAGAAGCUGACAAGCAGGAGAUGGUGUCUGAAUUUCAGCAACUGCACCAGUUCUUGCAACAGCAAGAGCACCACCUGCUGGCACACCUGGAACAACUGCAGGAGGAAAUUAGAAAGAAGAAAACUGAAACAUUCAUCCAGCUCUCUGAGGAGAUUUCCCAUUUCACUGACCUGAUCACUGAGGUGGAGGGGAAGUGCCAGCAGCCAGUGAGUGAGCUGCUGCAGGAUUUCAGAAGCACUUUGACCAGGUGCGAGAAGGCGAAGUUGCAACAGUUGGUGGGUGUUUCUCCUGAGCUGGAAAAGAGAGUUGUCAAUUCCUACCGGAUCAAUAAAGCUCUGAAAGAGACUCUGAAGACUUUUAAAGGCACUCUGCUCCUUGAACUGGAGAAAGACCAGGGUGUAGAAAAAAGAAGCAGAAAAGCAAAUAUAACUCUGGAUCCAAAGACGGUUCAUCCCUGCCUCCUCUUAUCUGAGGAUCUGAAAAGCGUGAGAUUGGCGGACAUUAAGCAGAAACUUCCCAACAAUCCUGAGAGAUUUAACACUGAUUACUGUGUGCUGGGCCAGGAGGGAUUCACCUCGGGGAGGCAUUACUGGGAGGUAGAUGUAGGUGUCUGGGGAGCUUGGGCUAUAGGGGUUGCCACAGAGUCUGUGAAGAGGAAGGGGCAGCUCAGCCUGAGCCCUGAGCAGGGGACCUGGGCUAUACGCUACUGCUGGGGCCAGUUCUUGGCUCUCACCUCCCCUGAGACCCCUUUCACCCUGUGCCAGGUCCCUAGGAGAAUCCGAGUCUUUCUGGACUACGAAGCAGGACAGGUGGUAUUUUUGGAUGCUGACAGUGAGGCUGCCAUCUUCCUUUUUCCAACUACCUCUUUCACUGGAAAGAGAAUUGUCCCUUUCUUUUGGCUGUGGGACAGAGGCUGCCAGCUAAGACUAUGCCCCUGAAAGACCAGACUACUUGAGCCCACCCUGACAUACUGCAUCACUUCCUUAUUUCUCCAAUUCUGUAGGUUAAAAUGCCUGGGUUAAUCUCUGCCCAGACAGUACCUGACAGCAUAAAGUCACCUGGAGAGGGUAGAGAAGUAUCCAGUGCUCUCCUGCCUCAUAGUUUCAUAGUUUUAUAGUAACUAGGGUUAGGAGGGACCUGAACAGAUCAUCUAGCCUGACCCCCUGCCACAGGCAGGAAUGAAUGCUUGGUUCACAAGACCCCAGACAGGUGAUCAUCCAACCUCCUCUUGAAUUUGCCCAAGGUAGGGGUGAGGACCACUGCCAUGGGAAGUUGGUUCCAGAUUUUGGCCACCCUAACUGUAAAAUAUUGCCUUCUGAUCUCUAAUCUAAACCUAUUCUCCAUCAGCUUAUUACUAUUGUUCCUUGUCACCCCAGGUGGUGCUGGGGAGAAAAGGGCUCUGCCUAUUUGCUGUUGAUAGGCACAGCCCUCCCCUGUAGCUCUGCAGGGAUCUGGAGGGCUGUAGUUAUCUGGAAGGGCAAAAAGGAGGUGCGGCAGUCCCAUGAGAAGGAGAGAAUAGGAGGGUGGGAGAGCAGAUUCAUCUUGGUGCCAGUCCACUGAUUUUGGGGAAAGGGGAAAGAGACCCAGAGGUUCCCGUGAGAGAUCCCUCAUUUGCACCAGUUUGAAGACGAGGGGAAAUGGAUCCUGUAUUUUCUCUACCAGAUUCUUCCCUAGUUUAAUAUGCAUCCACUCAUUUGGAGGAAAUAAAUCAAUUCCCACCUUUGUGAUUUCA